AUGUCCUUCUGCAGGUCAGCCUGGUAUGCCUGUAAAACCGCCAUCGUGUGCAGCAGGAAGCGCAGGAAGCGCUCAUCCAGCUUACUUGCAGCCUGCUUUGGGGCGGUGAAGAAGGUGAUAGGGGAAGUGUUGCAGGCUGCAGUGUUGACCAAUGAGAAGCAACAAUCUGUCCACAGGUGCGUGCUGUGUUACCAGCUGCUGACCUUCACUCUGCUCUUCAGCGGCUCCAUCACACCGGUGGUCGUCCAGGUGGACGUUGACCUGACGUUUUCCUCUCUGAGCGACGACACGUUUGAUGGACAGAUCACCAGAGACCUGAUGCUGAAGGACACACUCCACUUCCUGCUGCCGACAGACACACACCUGUCCUCAGAGACACACCUGUCCUCGGAGAAACUCACACAGACAUUGGGGGGACAGGACGGUGGCUGCAGAGGGACAAACACUGUAUGUGUGUCAGAAGACGAGUUUUUUCUUCUGCUGCAGUUUCAGCGGCAGAUGAAGACGCCUUCAGCGUUUCAGUUGCUUUCUCCCAGCAUCUCCUCUUCCUCCUCCUCCUCUUCGGGUCCUCUCAGUGUCUCUGAUCUUCUGAUCAGGAUCAGUCAUUUCUAUGAGCUCCAGAGAAACCACACCUUCAG